GCAUCCCACCAUUGAGGCGGACUGGUCGGUCUUUGGCGGCAUGUCUUGAGUAAUAAGUAUCUCUUCCAUACCUUCAUCAUAAUCUGCCAUUGAGUUGAUAGAGCCUUCGAAUGUCAUCUCAAUCACCCCUUCAGCACAGGAACUCGCUCUAUCAUCAUGGCCGAUAUUAAAUUAAAUACAGAGCACUUGGAAACACGCCAGCGGCAGACUAUUUACCAAAAAGAAUCCACCUUCUCAAAAUACAUUCCUGGAGGAUACUCGACUACAAGAUGCCUGAAACUUACUGGCAGACCUAUGAUGUAUGCUAUCUUGUCUUUGGCGGGAUGUGCUAUCAUGUUCUUUGGAUAUGAUGCUAGCGUAAUGAGUCUGGUGAAUACCAACACGGACUAUCUUACACUUAUGGGAGCAGACACUGGAUCAAAACGGGACUCAGCUGCAAUUGGUGGAUUGGUCAGUCUUUGGUUUGGAGGGUUUGCAAUAGGGGCAAUCUCCGUUGGUCACUACGCUGAUCGUAUUGGACGACUGAAGACUAUCGAACUUGGAUGUUUGUGGGGCAUACUUGGAGCAGCUUUACAGGCUUCAGCACAAAAUUUCACAUGGAUGGCUUUUGCACGAAUCAUUGGCGGGAUUGGAUGUGGUCAUCUCAAUACAAUUGUUCCGAUUUGGACAUCUGAACUCGCCGACCCGAAUCUGAGAGGAGCUUUUGUGGCUGUGGAAUUUACGCUGGCUCUCAGUGGCUCUACAAUUGUGUAUUGGAUGGAGUAUGGAUGUCUCAAAACACAAAGCCUUCCUUUCGCUUGGCGCUUUCCUCUCGGCUUUCAAGCGUUAUUCCUCUUGAUUCUCCUCGUCGCCGUUCCAUUUUAUCCCGAAUCUCCUCGCCAUCUUAUGAAGAUCGAGAAACACGAUGAUGCUCGUCAGGUUUUGAGACAAUGCCGGCUCGACCCUACCGAGAUCAGGAUCGACCAGGAAAUGACGGAGAUUGAGGAUGCGAUCCGACUCGAAGCCUCGAGUACAUCCCACAGCUUUACUUCCAUGCUGUUCACGAAGGAUAAACUUCAUACAAGGAGAAGAGUGAUCUUGGGAGCUGGAGUCCAGGUGAUGCAAAAGUUCACUGGAAUUGACUUCAUUGCUACAUACGCCCCUGAGAUGUUCACAUUGGCAGGCUAUGGAGGUGAUAAGCCGGCUUUGUUGGCUGGUGGGAAUUAUAUCAGCUAUACUGCGAGCUUGGCAUUAGCUAUAUAUCUUGCAGACAGGGUUGGGAGAAGGAAGUUGAUGUUGGCUGGGUCUACUAUGAUGGGGGUAAUCUUGACUGCGGGUGGAAUUCUGGCUCAUGAAGUUGUCUCGAAAUCUGCGAAAGGCCAGACUGCUGAAGCAAAUCGUCUUGGAGGAGGUGUUGCAGCAGUUUUGUAUUUGUAUACCUUUAUGUAUGGCAGUACUUGGUUGACUACAUGUUGGGUAUAUCCCACUGAGAUAUUUCCUCUCGCAAGUCGUGCCAAAGGAGUUGCCCUUGCCACUGUGGCUUUUUCCAUCGCAGGAGGUGUCAUCAAUGAGAUUGUCCCAUACUUGAUAAACGCCAUUGGGUUCUGGGUUUUUAUUCUUUUUGCUCUGAUCAACCUUGCCAUGCUCAUUCCGAUCUAUCUUUUCUACAUUGAAACGGCGAAUCGUCACCUUGAAGAUUUGGAUCUGUUGUUUGCAGGGGGAAGUCAUCUUUCUUGGCGUGCUGAGAGGGAAUUCGAAGCAUUGAAAGAAAAAGGGGUUGAGCACGUUGAUGAAAUUCCGGCCCGAGAGAUGUCAUGAGAUUGACGAAGCUUGACAUCCUAAGUCAUUCCUCAGCUGAAAUGUCGGUCUCUUGAAUCACAUCGUGAAGUUACGAACGUGGAG